AUGCUUCAACUUCUCGACUCGGCAGCAGACGCCAUUGGCGGUACACCGCUGGUGCGGCUCGUUCGUAUCACCUCAUCUUUGGGCCUCGACGGAACUAUUCUUGCCAAGCUUGAUUAUCUCAACCCCGGCGGCUCAAAAAAGGAUCGUGUCGCACUCGGAAUCAUGGAGGAAGCCGAGAGGCUAGGCACACUCAAGCCUGGCCAGCCAGUAGUUGAGCUUACGAGCGGCAACACAGGCACCGGGCUCUCGAUUGUGUGCGCCAUCAAAGGCCAUCCAUUCAUUGCCGUCAUGUCACGCGGAAACUCGAUCGAGCGUGCGCGCAUGAUGUCGGCCCUGGGCGCGGAGGUUGUUCUUGUUGAUCAGAUGCCUGGAUCAGUACCCGGGCAAGUUUCUGGUCCUGAUCUGGCACUUGUCGAACAAAAGGCCAAGGAGAUCGAAAUUGAACGUGGUGCCUUUCGUGCUGAUCAGUUUACACGAGAUGGAAACUGGAUGGCACAUCGCGAUGGAACAGGAGCUGAGAUCUGGCAGCAGACCGACGGCAAUAUCGAUGGAUUUGUCGACUUUGUUGGCUCUGGAGGCACAUAUGCCGGCGUGACGAAGAAGCUCAAAUCCUUGAAACUAUCCGUCAAGUGCUUCAUUGUCGAGCCGGUUGGCGCUGCCGUACUAGCCAAGGAACAAGUCACGCAACUAGAGCAUCCUAUCCAAGGCGGCGGUUACGUGAUGCCCGAUCUAGUCUACCUGAAAGACGUGCCCGUUGAUGGCUACGUUCAAGUAACGGGCGACCAAGCCAGGGAAGGGGCCCGUCUCUUGGCGAGAAAGGAGGGUAUUUUUGGUGGCUUCUCGAGCGGUGCCAAUAUCAGUGCUGCUAUCGAGCUGCUGAAGGGCGGGAUGGCGGGGAAGACGAUUGCCAUCAUGAUUUGUGAUUCAGGUCUCAAGUACCUCUCAACUGACCUCUGGCUAGAGUCUUGA